AACGCAAAUGUAUUUUCCUUGAGUGGACUUUGAAGCAGGGGGGGCUGUGGCGCUUCUAAGAGACCGAAGGGAAAGUUAAAAUUCAAUAUUUCUAAGCUCGUCAAUGGCUUCUUCUUCUUCUUCUUCUAUAUCUUUCACUUCGUUCCUCACUUCCCACUCUAACGCUACUGAUCUCAACGUUCCGGGUUUCGUGUAUGGGAAAGUUCCGGCAAGUUUACGGUUCAAUACUGUGAAAGGGAACAGGGCGUUGUUUGGGAAGAAAUUUGAAUUGAAUUGUUUCCAAGAGAAAGAGAUGGAUGUGAGCACUUCGGCGGUGGUUGAUGGGAUCGCAGACCGCUUAACUGAAAUGGAGGUUAAGGAGCCAAGUAUUUCAACCAUGUUGAUUAAUUAUGAGAACAAAUCCGAUCCUUUUGAUGCAGUCAGUCCACCUCUUUACCAAACUGCUACAUUCAAGCAGCCUUCAGCUACUGAAAAUGGACCCUAUGAUUAUACUAGAAGUGGCAAUCCUACCCGGGAUGUUUUGGAGAGCCUUUUGGCGAGGCUUGACAAAGCAGAUCGAGCAUUCUGUUUUACUAGUGGAAUGGCGGCUUUGGCUGCUGUUACUCAUCUUAUUGCACCUGGUGAGGAAAUUGUUGCUGGAGAGGACAUAUAUGGUGGUUCUGAUAGAUUGCUGUCUCAAGUAACUACAAAAAGAGGAAUUGUGGUGAAACGAGUGGAUACAACUAAUUUAGAAGAGGUUGCAUCUGCUAUCGGCCCCAUGACAAAGCUUGUGUGGCUAGAGAGUCCAACCAACCCUCGACUACAAAUCUCUGAUAUUCGAAAAAUAACAGAGAUGGCUCAUACACAUGGUGCUCUUUUAUUGGUUGAUAAUAGUAUUAUGUCCCCUGUAUUGUCACAACCAUUGGAACUUGGAGCAGACAUUGUAAUGCACUCGGCUACUAAAUUUAUAGCUGGACAUAGUGAUGUCAUGGCUGGUGUGCUUGCUGUGAAAGGGGAAAGCUUGGCAAAAGACUUGUACUUUUUGCAAAAUGCAGAAGGCUCGGGGUUAGCUCCAUUUGACUGUUGGAUAUGUUUACGAGGUAUUAAGACCAUGGCCUUGCGUGUUGAGAAGCAACAGGAGAAUGCACAAAAGAUUGCUGAAUUUCUCUCAUCCCAUCCACGAGUAAAGAAAGUUAACUAUGCUGGUCUUCCUGAUCAUCCAGGACGUUCUCUACACUAUUCUCAGGCAAAGGGAGCUGGGUCUGUUCUUAGCUUUUUGACGGGCUCACUGGAAUUCUCAAAGUACAUUGUUGAGACUACCAAGUACUUCAGCAUAACUGUUAGUUUUGGGAGUGUGAAGUCCCUCAUAAGUAUGCCUUGCUUUAUGUCCCAUGCAAGCAUACCAGCAGCAGUGCGGGAGGCUAGAGGCCUCACUGAAGAUCUUGUUCGCAUAUCUGUGGGAAUUGAGGACAUCAACGAUCUCAUUGCUGAUCUAGAUUAUGCACUGAGAACUGGGCCUCAAUAGUAGCUUCAUUCUUAAUGCACUCAUCUUAACAUAAUUAUGUUUUAUGUCGUUGUUUUUGGUGUAUGGUCAAUUUUUAUUCUGUAACGUUUGGGAGUUCGCAAUCCAUUUUGAUAGACAAAAGGAAAUAACAUAUUCACGGCACCUAAUAAUGCCAGAGGAUGAGUAAGAAACCAGUGAGAAAGGAAAAUAACAAAAUAGAGGAAUUUAGAUUUGA